AUGACUGGCUUCGUGGCCGAUGGGGCGAAUAUUCUGGCAAUAUUUCCAUACCAGGGCAGAAGCCACAACAUAAUGUUCGAGCCCCUGAUGAUCGGUUUGGCGAGAGCUGGUCACUCGGUCGACGUUGUGAGUCACUUUCCGCUGAAGAAGCCGGUGGCAGGGUUCAACCAUAUAAGCCUGGAGGGAACGCUACACUCCUACGUCAACAACAUGAGCGUGGGGUUUCUGUUGGAAGUAGAGCAGACCUUUACCAGCAUCCAUUUUCUUUCCGAGCAUGAACCCAAAAGCUUGUGUGGCCUAAUGAGACUGCCCCAGCUGCAGGAUGUUCUCAACACUGACAAAAAGUACGACCUAAUGAUCACCGAGAUUAUGGGAACGAACUGUUACCUGGCUGUGGCUCACAAGCUGAAGCUUCCGGUCGUUGGUCUUGUCACCAACGUCAUGUACUCCUGGGUUUAUCCUCCGGUCUUCGGCGACACUCAUCCGAGCUUCAUUCCGUCCCAGUUGACAAAGUUCACGAACGAGAUGAACUUCUUCGAACGCGUGCAGAAUCUCAUAAUCCACUUGUACUCACAGUACCUGUUCUUCUACUAUGACAGAACCGUGUCCGACCCACUUGCAAGAAAGUACGUCGAGGGCGUUCCGCCCCUGAAUGAUAUCUACAAUAACAUCAGUCUGGUGAUAACCAAUAGCCACUUUAGCAUCCACGGUGUCCAUCCAGGGAAUCCCGCUGUUGUUGAAGCGGCAGGUCUUCAUAUAGAUGAGAGCCAAAUAUUGUCUGAGGAACUGGAUUCUUAUCUCAAUUCAUCGAAAGAUGGAGUCAUUUACUUCAGCAUGGGUACAAUGGUCAGGUCAGACACAUUCUCGCCCGAGAAGUUACAUGCGAUCUACGAAAGUUUCUCUGAACUUCCGAAUUACAAGGUACUUUGGAAGGGUAACUUGGAUAGCUUACCAAAGCCGUUGCCGUACAACGUUAAAGUAGUUUCAUGGGCACCGCAGUACGCUGUUCUCAGGCACCCAAAAGUCAAGGCAUUUGUAACGCACGGAGGUUUGAUGGGAACUCAGGAGGCGAUACACGCCGGAGUUCCAAUGAUUGGAAUCCCGUUUUUUUCAGAUCAGAAAUUCAACGUAAUGGGAUACGCGCAUAGGGGUUUCGCAGUUUAUCUUGACUACCUGAAAAUCAGUAAGGAGAGUUUUUCGGAGGCACUUGCCGAAGUACUGACGAACCCCAUGUACCAAUCAAACGCUGCACAAUUUUCAAGACUGUUCAAAGAUCGGCCGCUUUCGCCCAUGGACGAGGCCAUCUUCUGGGUUGAAUACGUAAUUCGGAACGGAGGUGAACCGCUCAAAUCUUCAGGCCGUCAUCUCUAUUGGUUCCAGUACUACUUAAUAGACGUUAUUUUAUUCCUACUCAUUAUAACCUCACUCGUCAUUGUUGUUCUGUUUACCUUUGUCAGAAGAGCGUUGCGAAUAAUUACUCGUACAAAAAUAUCUUCUGAUCCAAUUAAACAAAAGACUUUGUAAUAUACAUAUAUAUU